CAGAUAAGUAACGCUAGAAGGCGUUACUGUACACUCCACUGUACACACGUUUUCUAUCUACUUUAACUGUUGAUUUGAUAUGUGAUCAUCAACGAAAUAUAUUUGUUUUAUUGAGUUUUUUUCACUUUUAUAAAUAUAUUUAAUAUGGAUGAGGAUAUAUUGCAGAAGUGGAGUCCUUAUGCCAGAGAAUAUGAUCCUCUAAAGGCAGGCAGUAUUGAUGGAACAGACACAGAACCUCAUGACAGGGCUAUUAGUAGAGCGAUGAUGAUGCACUAUGAACCACCACAUUUAGAAUCUAAAUCAGAAAGGACUUUAUUUGUAGCUAGGUUUGGUCCUAAGAUUACUAAGGAUGAUUUGCAAGAGUUUUUUAACAGAUAUGGAGAUGUCAUUUCAGUAAAAAUAAUAGUAGAUGUGGUAACUGGGCUUUCUCAAGGUUAUGGUUUUGUGGAAAUGAAAAGUGAAGAAGAUGCUAGAAGGGUGUUAAGACGAGUUACAGAUGCUACAUUAAAAGGAUAUAAAAUAUUUAUUGAUCGUGAGUGUGGUCGUACCAUGAAAGGUUGGAAACCAAGAAGACUUGGAGGUGGCUUUGGUGGCAAGAAGGAGUCGGGACAAUUGAGAUUUGGAGGAAAAGACAGACCAUUUAAACGACCCAUUGUACCUAAUAUUUUAAAACCUAGUCAUACUAAUUUAAAAAGUCAUACUAAUUUAAAAUAAAGAGCUUCUUUAACUUGUAACGGAA